AUGCUCCUCCCCUGGGGUUCGUCCGGCGAGAUUGACAAGAGAGGGACGAAGAAGGUGGCAGGCGGUCGGAGGGGUGGAAUUCCGACAGCAACAACAUCGGUGAGUGAUCAAGUGGGCGUCGGCGAUGGGUGGCAGUCGACUGUGGUCGACGAGUUUGCCCAUUUUCUCCUCUGUUUCGAGCGGAUUCCGGCGAGAGGGAGAGGUUUUAUCAAUGGAGGGAAAAGGAUUAAGUCAUAUGCAGACUGCAUAAUGCAGUCGUAUGCAGUGAGGAAGAAGACACAAUCUUCCUGA